CUGAACGGGUGUGCACUUAAGUUAAUGCAUAAGUAGAUACCCAACAGCUACAUCAACUAGUUAUAAAAUGCCUAAAGUUUUGUUUUUUUUUAAGAAGAACUAGUUAUUAGCAUACGGCAUAUACCAGUCUUAGCAGUUGAAACAUAUACUAACUUUUUCUACCUUCGUUAAGCGAAAAAAUUACUGGUCAAAUUAAAUAGCAUAUUAGAAAAUUGUUCUGAAAUUUGUAUAAGUCGGAUGUGUAGCCGAAUGCCCGACCAGCUUUACUUGUUGCAAACUGAUGUCCGACUAGUUUGUUCCUUUGACUAGCACUAUUUCAUUUAAGAAAUUCUAAAUAAAGCGUAGCACAAACUUGUUUGUUUUUUCUCUGUAUUAUUUAUAAUAUCUGAAAAUCACGAUUGACUUAUUUUAGUACAACACAUGCGAAAAAUAGCAUUCUGGUUGGUUGACUAGUUGGACCUGUGGUACACAUUAUCACUAAAGCAAUUUAUAACUAUUUGGUUCUGUAGGGUGUACAUAAACGUACAACAUACAUACAUAUGUAUGUACCCAACAUAUGUAUGUAUGUAUGUACAUAUAUUAUAAACCUAGUUGUUUUUGUAGUUUUGCCUGUCUCCAGUGCUUUCCUAAAGUGUCCGCUGCUCGUGCUGGGGUUGCGCACAUGUCGAAGGGUAGUUGGCGAGGAGUAGUUACAUAGUAUUGGGUACGGCUAAGGGUUGGUGAGCUUCUUCAUAUAUGCUGAUUUUGUUUUACUACUCGUUAUUUUGCUUCAGAAAUUUUGCUCUUCGACCCCAUCAGAGCGCAUGCCAAGUUACGCGUGCUUUCGAAACUCAGUUGGAUUUAGACUUACUUUCGAAAAUUACCACAGGAACGGAAGGUUUUAGAUGUGCGGUCGGUGGCGAAAAAUACGAAAUGUUUUAUAAAAUAUUGCUACAAAAAAAAAAGGUUGAGCAAAGCAAUUUAAAACGUCAUCUUAAAUUUUUAUUGGUGCUUGUAUGUUGAAACCCUGUGAAUACGUUUAUUUGUAGAGAAAGAAGUGAAAAAAUUAUAUCAACAAAAAUAAUAAAAGGAAAAUGAUGGGCUACUAUAUAUAAAUGGCCUUCAUCACUGAGUAAAUAUAUGUAUAUAUGCAUAUAAUAUAUUCACUUAAAAAAGUGAAAAUACAUGCAUAUGUAUGUACAUAUAAGGUAUGAUAUAGAAAUUCGUAUGUGUAUUGUGUAAACAUGAUUAAAAGGAUAGAAACGUCAGAAGGAUGUGUUGCCUAUACUUAUUUUCAUAAGGAACUUGCAUAUUGCGCCUAAAACGAUAACCACACAGUGAGUGUUUCCAAUUUUGUGAUAACUAUUAUCUCAUAUAUUUCAAAUGACCGUUUUUAGUUGGAAAUGUUUCAACAUAAACAUUGGUCCCUAUUUUUCUGCUUCUCACGUUCGUAUAUUGUUAUUGUGUACGGUUGAAACUGUGUUUAUCUCGGUAUAUGUCCUGCAUUGCAGUAAAAACGUUGUUAUUGUCUAUUUUGUCGUUGCCGUUGUGAUUACCGUUGCCACAACGGUCUUACUGUGUUGUGCGCAUGGUUUGCAAUCGUUAGAGUCAGCAGUGACCGCAGCAAUGCCAACUUUCGUCGAUUAGUUCGCCUGUUUACCUACUCCUUCGUACUCGGUAAUUUUCACAUGCAUUCGAUAUAAAAGUACACAAAAAUGUGACAAUACAUGCGCGUUUGAAUACAUUAAGUGGAGAGCUUGUGUUGCAGGAGCAGCAGCAACCUUAAAAGUAUGAAAAACAGUUUCCUGACACGAAAUAAGCGGCAGAAAGUGUUAAAGACAUUAAACCCAAUUUGAUCUUUGCAUAAGUAACGAAUCUCGCAAAUAGCUAAAUGAAUAACAGAAAAAUUAAGUAAGACACUUGUAAUUAUAUAGUAAAAACUCGUCCAGGUGUAAGUCACUUAAAUAGUGAAAUUGUAUAUAAAUGGAACGAUAUGCCUAGAACUAUGCAAUGUUUUAUCGGAUGUUGAUAGCAGCUGAUAUCAUACGGUUUGUGUGUCCAAUGAAUACGUUACUGAAACGCUGCUUAUGAGAUUCAUAAAUGAAAAACUUACGUAAUUCGAUUAUCAAGAUAAGCAUGGCGUCGAUAAGCGAUAUUAUCGAUCAGCAGUCACUCACCAGUCAGCUAGUCGACGAGAGCGGUUUGAUAACCGCCACUGCAUCUUCAGCGUCUGCACGGCGUGUGUCCGAUGUUGGCGUGAGCGUGGAUCACGCAUCAUUGUCGCAAAAUUCAGCGCUAGUAGAUGGGCAUCGCACGCCGUCAUCUUCACCGACUUCAGCUCUCUCUGCCCACAAUGUCAUCAUAGACGAUCAUAAUGUGGUUGCACAUACAGUAGUAACAACCAGUGAUGGAACCAUCACAGACGUAGAAGGUGCUGGCCCAGUCGUAAUGGUACGCACAAUUAUUGAUGGCCUUAGUCAUAGCCCGGUGCAUUCGACAUUUCAAACGUCAACAACAGUUUCCGCUCAAAGUCAACAUGAACAACAGUUGAAUAGGCAGCAUGUAGACAAUCAACAUCGUCAUUUAUAUCAGCAUCAUCAGCUUGUGACAUCACCUCAUCAACAGCUGUUACAAAUUGCAAAUGAACAUCAAAAUCUCCAAGACCUUGGAGAGCAUCACACUCAGCAAAAACAAAAAGAUCGUUUACAUGAUGGCAGCCCUGUGAACUUUGUAGGCUCCGAUGUUACUCUUAAUGAAUUGUCAGUUUGUUCUUCGCCAAACUCUGGCACUGCAACAAACAUUAUUGAAAUCAAACAGGAGGACCAAGUGGUUGUAAUAGAGGAGCAUGACGAAGGCAGUAAAAAGAUUGGUAAGCAAAGAGAUGAAAAUCAUUGUAGCGACCGUAGAACCUUAGAUGUACCUCAUAUUGAUGUUGACGUCGGUGUAAGUGGAAUCGAUGAACUUUCAACGGACGCAGUGGAGGUGACAUUAAAUCAACAUCACCAUCAACAUGUUCAAUUACACCAACAGCAAUUGCUGCACCAUCACUACGUGAGCGCUGGAGGUAAUAGAAAUGGCAGCAAUUCGAUGUCGCAGAAUUCCCAUGAUAGUUUACAUGAACGUCAGCAGUCACAUCAUGGUCAUCAGGAUGGCGUAUCAAAUAACAACUAUAGAAAUACGCUUUCUGCACCACAGACAAGUGAUCAUCAAGCAUCGCAUCACGAAACUUUGACAGUAAUUGUGCAACAACAUGAAGAUUCCCGCGACUCCGCUUCUCAUAUGCUUAGUCCAGAGCUAGGCGCUGUUGAUGAAAACUCUCUUCAACCGACUUCUUAUCAAACUUUGACAUCGGUGAAUGAGCGCAUUUCUCCGCCCAGCUUUAGCCCAACAUCUUCAUAUGCGACAUUGACACCGUUGCAACCAUUACCACCUAUAUCAACAAUGUCCGAAAAGUUUGCUUACGGUGGCCAUAUAAAUGGCGGCGGUGUAAGCGUCGGUGGUAAUUGUGUUGGAGGUGGUGCUGGUAGUAAUAGCAAUUCCUCAUCGAGUGGCGUUGGGCCAUUUGCAGUAAUGCCGAAUCAGGGCAGUCUGGGUGGUCUUAGUUUAAGCAGCCUUAGUGGAGUACAAUCGCCAUAUUCUUCUUAUGAUAAGCUACCAUCAAUAGGUAUGUCAAUGUCACCUUCACACAAUUACAGUACCUCACCAUCGCAUACUUUAUCGGGCAUGGUGGUAGCGUGUGAAUUACAUACUGCAUCCCCAAGCCCAUGUGGUGCCCUCUCUCCACAAUCUGCAUAUAGCCAUUCUACUGAAUUGCACUCUCCUACGCUGUCGUCUACCUGUAAAACAACUACCGAUGGUAUUAUCACUAACAAUGUCUCUGGUAACACCAAUCUUACUACUGGGACAACAUCUCUUCAUAUUAACCAGUCUGAUUCACGAAAGCAUGUUAUAUGUCUUUCCCAACCCGUAACUAUUGGUAAUGGAACGGUGGUUGAGGAAAAUGUUGUUGUAACGGGUUACGAAUCACCAUACAGUAUACAUCAGCGGGAUCUCUUGGUGACUUCAACACCAUCGUCCUCCUCCACAUCCGGUGAACGAAAUUCCCAUUUGCAUUUACAGCACAGCCCUAUUUUGAGUCCACAUUCUGUAUCAGCUGGUUCAGUAUCGUUAAAUUCUCCAGGAAGCUGUAGUAUGAUCAAUCAACCUAUCGUAACAUUGCCGCCCAUAAAUGGAGCAAUGGCAACUUUAUCCGCUGCUUCGCUAGGCAGUAGAGAUAUCCCUGACAUUUCACGGCUGGAACAAGAUGCUGUUGCUGUAUCGCUUACACCAUCGCCUCCGCCAAACGAUAUGAUGGGAACAGCUACAACUCUUCUAACCAUCCAACAACCCAUGAGUCAUACGCAUUCACAACAGCAACAUUUAGUCACUGUAACAUCACAACAGCACCACAUUGGCAAACAGUCACAUCCUGUAACCAGCGACUGCAACUUAAAUGUUAGCAGCAGUAGCUUGCGUCUCCCCAGUGUAAUGGGUGGACAAAAUUUGCUUAGCAACAACAAUACUUUAUGCAAUAUGGGACAGCCGCAGCGCCAACUUUCUCAACAGCAUUCUCAAAGUGAUCAACAGCACUUACAACUUAAUAUUCAACAUGUAACAACUAUUAAUAAUGGUAGUAACAGUUCGAGUGGAUCUAGUGGUUGCAAUACAAUAGGUGGCGGUGGCAGUACCUGUAGUAGCAGUGGGGGGGCAAGUGGCGGUGCUGGUAUUGGAAGUGGAGGAAGUGGUGCUCUCACCAGCAGUGCCGAUAUGGAGGAAAUCAAUACUAAAGAUCUGGCCCAGCGCAUAUCUGCAGAAUUGAAACGAUAUAGUAUUCCGCAGGCAAUAUUUGCACAGCGCGUGCUUUGUCGUUCACAAGGUACACUCUCUGAUCUCCUGCGUAACCCCAAGCCUUGGUCAAAACUCAAGUCCGGCCGCGAGACUUUCCGACGUAUGUUCAAAUGGUUACAAGAACCAGAGUUUCAACGAAUGUCAGCGCUACGGAUGGCAGCAGCACAGAUACCCCAACGUAGCAGCACCAGCAGUAAUAGCGGCCAAGUGAGCAAUUCAACUAGUAUUGGUACUAACAACGUUAUCGUUUCAAAUAUAUCCAAUUGUGGUAAUGUAAGCGGAAACGGGAUGUGCCGUCGUAAAGAAGAGCCUCAUAUAGAGCAUAUGCCCCAACCAAAGAAGCCGCGACUGGUAUUCACUGAUCUGCAGAGGCGAACACUUCAAGCAAUAUUUAAAGAAACAAAGAGGCCUUCGAAAGAGAUGCAAGUAACAAUUGCUCGUCAAUUGGGAUUAGAACCGACCACGGUAGGGAAUUUCUUUAUGAAUGCACGUCGUCGUUCUAUGGAUAAAUGGCGUGAUGAUGAUUCAAUAGGUUUAGGCACGCAUCGUCAUAGUAGCAGUGGCAACGGAAACAAUCGCUUAAGUAAUAAUAAUAGCAAUAAUAAUCACCGCAGCUAUCAUCACCAACAAUAUCAGCAUUCACAUCAACAUCAUCAGUCGCUUUCGCCGAGCAAUCAGCAUUCAUUAGAUUUAGAUGAUGAUGCUGAUAUGGACUUGCACUUGAGCCAUGAUGAUUUCGACCUAGAAGGUGAACACGUUAAUGAUCCAGCUAAUCACGAUAUGUUGUGACACCAUACAGACAAAAUAAACAAAGAAGAACAGCAACGACAUCAUCGACAGCAAGGGAACAAAAGUCAGCCACUACAGCAGAAACCGCCAAACGAAAAAAAACAGCAGCUGAAGAAAUGUAAAAACAGAAGCCAUCAGCAAAUAUUUAACAAAAACACAUACAAAAGCGAUAUGUCAUCAUUGCAACAUUCACACGACUUGCGUUACAAACGUUAUGAGCGUAUGCAUGCUAGGACGGGUAAAAUAUCCACUUCAGUUCCGUCCUUUAACUCUGCGGUAUCAGUAGUACGUUCCGCUGAAAUUCUUUUGACCAAUAAGAAUUUGACUAAUCCUAGGACCCAAAGUAAACCAUACAUAACAAAUGGAACUACAACAGCUAUUGUUGUCGAAGAUAUGUGCAGCAUUGAAUCGGAAAACACCACCGUUGUUUUAGAGACCAAUUUCAGUAAUGCUUUAGUACGUAAAGAUGCACUGAAUGAGUCCCUGUCAAAUUGGGAGUCGAAGAGCCAAGCAGAUGAAAAUAAAAUUAUUGGCUUUAAACCGAAAUACGCUUAUAGAGAACGCAACAAUAAUGUGCAAAACAGUCAAAUUUUACCUAGGGAAACUCGAAACAGUUUUGACAAAAAUUGUGGUGACAAUAUCAAAGAUUUCGGUAAGAAACGAUUAAGCUUUAAAUCUGAAAAUUUCUUAAGGCAUAUUGACACCGAAGAGAACUACUCAGAAGGAAAUGGCAUCAAUAUUGUUCAAAGUAAUAUCAUCGAGGAGGAUUCCGAUUUUCGGAAUGCAACGCAAUUCAUGACGACGGACCUAGUCGAACAUUCAAUAAAUAGUAGUAGUAUGGAUCAGUUUCUUUUUUCAUCAGGUGGCGAUUCAGAUUGCAGUAAUCUGGCAAAACACCUUGCAGUUGCUGUUAGGGGUUGUGAAGAUAGCAGACAAGAAGAAAAUGCUAACAACUUCAGAAUCAGUGCUGCCGAAAUCCAUAACGCUUAUGAAGUCGAAGGAAGUGGGAAUGAAAACAUCAAUGGUAAUGCGGUUGUUCAGAGCAUUGUGAACAAAGUACUAACCGAAUUCGCCCUUGAAAAUGACGAUUCAGGUGAAAUACUCAUAAGUAGUUGUAACUCAGAGAUAGCUGAGCACAAUGGAAGAGACACUGUUGGGGACUGUAUUCUUAACACCAAUGAAAAAAUACAAAAUUUGGUAGAAAAAGCUGUAAUAUCAUACGACCAGCAAUUUCAGCUGGCACAUAGUUCAGAUAUGGGCACUGAUUAUUGCCAACCGCUGUCGAAAAGCUCGAUAAAAUGUAAUCAAGGGAGUGAUUAUUCACCAAUUUCUGAGCGUAACAUGCACGACGUGGAUGAUGAAACCAUUAUAUCUGCACAUGGUGUGCUAGAAUCUGCUAACCAACAAACAAUCGCGGAGAUACCGAGUAGUAAGGGUAUUUGUGUUGAAUAUAAAUUGCUGCCAAAAUAUAUGUUGUAUAUGGAGUCGAAGCAGUCACUAAGUCCAAAUCAAUAGCAGCAACAUCAAAAGCUGGCCUCGUCGCAACUCAUAAUUAAGACGAAUGCUGAAAAUGCUGGCCACACAUUGUAUAAUGUUGUAAACAAUGCCGUUGAUGUAAAAUAUGUGCAGAAAUUCGAAAGCAUAAGUGGCUUCGAUGAUUUGUUGAUACAGGAAAGGGCCCAACGCGGGCAAUUGCAUUCGCUACGAAACCGCAAGUUAAGCGAUAAUGAAAACAGCAUGGAAACGGGUAUACCGAUUUGUGUGAGCAACAUAAUUAUGAGCGAUUAAGGGCCGAAUUCACAGUUAUUAGUUAACUGGAAACUAAAAUAUUAACUAUUGGUUAACUAGUACUUAGUAUUCACAGUGCAGAGCUUAGCUGAUACUUUUCUUAACGGAAAUAUGUGGCAGCACCGUCAUAUUUCUGGAUUUCAAUGUUGGUACCAUUGCCAAAACAUAUGUAUUCUGUUUACAUUUAUAUUUGAGUUUUUGAAAAUAGAAAGAUAUGGGAAAAUACAGCGGACAAAUUUAGUCAGAAAAGUGAAACGCGCCGCUUAGCGAAAGUUUUUACUCUAACAGCAUUCUGCUCAUUCCUAUUUCUCGGGAAAUGAAUAUAUUCAUUUCAUAGAAGUGCAAUAUGAUAUGAUACUACUCCGACAACUCUUGAUACAGUGGCUUGUGAUACGCCAAAGAGAAAAAAGUUUGGGCGAUUACGAUUUUUUUUUGGCGACGAUCUAUAAUUAUAUAUACACAUAUGCUUGACACAUGGCUCAAUAUUAUAUUCGCUAGAUAUUUUAAAAAUUAAAUUAAAGCAACAUUAGCUGUUAUUUGACUAGUAGUUAACCAACAGAGGUUGGGGGUUUAAGGAGUAGUUAUAUAAGCAUUGCUACUAAAAAGUAGUUGGUUAGGCCGUUGGUAUUGGUUAACUAAUCACUCUGAAUUUGGCCCUAAGUGGAUUAUUGGAAGAAUAUUUGAAAGAUAUAAAGGUCAUGUUAGUGUAAUGUAUGGUAGUUAAUGGCAGAUUAUUUCAUUUCAACAAUUAAUACUGAGCUUUUUAGCAGAAAACUCCACAUAUUUGCAAUAGUGAAAUAUAUGUUGGACGUAGAAACCAGUUUUACUCUUGCAACAUGUUACUACAGAGUCUAAUAGUUUUUUUUUAUCUUGUAUGUAUCACCUAAAACUAAUCGAGAUAAAUAUAGGGCUAUGUACAGGGUGGCGCAAAAGUAAUCCUCCUAUCAGAAGAUGCUAUAAAUUUUGCAAUUGACCUCUAAUGUCAGUUCUGUUUUGACAUCUGUGUAGUAAACACAGUAGAAAUACACGUAAAUAAACAAUGGUACCCUACACUGCUCCAGAACGCGGGUUAUUGGUGACUAUUUAUUUGACCAAUAAUCUGUCGGUGACUUUGGCACAACGUGAAUUUCGUCGCAGAUUUCCUGGCCGUCCGACGCCUACUGGUGUAACAUUGCGACGUUUAGCCGUUUGCCUCGAAGAGAUUGGCACAACACGAGAUGCUGCCAGGCGUGGCUGACCCCGGAGUUGCCGUUCUGCAGAUAAUAUUGCAGCUGUUGUCGAGGAUGACAUGGAAGCGCCAUUGACAUCGACCAGACCAUGUGCCAUGCAAAUGGGUAUCAGUCGACGGUGUUUACAGCGAAUUUUGGUACAAGAUUUGAAGAUACAAAGUCCAGCUAUUAGCUGCUGACCGCCAAUCACGGAAGGAAGAUGAUUUUUCAUCAAAAAUAAUCAUGAGUGAUGCGGCCCAUUUCCAUCUUGACGGGUACGUAAAUAAGCAAAAAAAAAAUACAGGCAAAAAACACCGGAAGGUUAUUUUUGCGCCACCUAUUAUAUACAAAUAUAUAAAUUUUACUAAACUAAAAAUAAAGUAAAUCAAUAAAAAGGACACAUUAAAUUUUAUAUUUGAUAUGGUAUCUCGAGGCCUAUUUGACCGAAUAUGAGAAAACCAGUCCCAUAAUUGAUUUUUUUCGGAAAGAUAUAUACUAUGUUGAAUGCUGACUGCCAUGUUAAUAGUAUGUAGUAUUGGCUAAAAUGGAUAAAAUCGAUUGAUAUAUUCCUAUCUUCGAUCAUUACCGGAUGUGAUCCUUGCAAGUUGCAAGAGUAUGAAAUGUUGGGUUAGACCCGAACUUAGCCCUUCUUUACUUGUUUUUUUUUUAUUUAAUUAAAAAAAUUAACAUAUAUUCAAUUGAACACUCCACUGGAACUUCAAUUUUAUGGAACAACGCAGAGUUUUCAGUUUUAGUCAAAUAAUCAUAAGACAUGUUACAUCUAUGUCUGAAAAUAGGCAAAAUUGUAUGAUAACCCUGCUCAUUCCCUCUAUAACAAAAAAACCAGUGCCUAUAAUUGACUUUCUGAAAAUAUCGUUCUAUGUGUAAUAUAUAAUUUAAUUUUUGAGGGAUAUAGUAUGGCUGAAUGUUGACUGCCAUGUUAAUAGUAUGUAGUACGAGUAUUGGCUAAAAUAGAUAAAAUCGAUUGAUAUAUGUAUAUAGAUAUAUUACAUCUUGCCAUCUGAUAACAUUUAGGUGCUUCUGCUGAUCAACAGUUGAAUUUUUGUUUUCAUAGUAGGGGGAAGAAUCGAAAGCGGCAGUGAGGAACUUUCAUCUCUAAAACUCACCUAAUCCGAACUCAAAAUUCUUUCAUGAAACCACUGGAUAAAGUAUUACCUCCUAGGAAUGACAAGACAUUUUAUGUCUCCUCUGACGGACGACUAAUCUGUUCAAAGGGCCUCAGUUUUGUCAUUAUUAAAGCUGAAAAUUCGCUGAUAGAGUUUUAUUUCCCAGUGAACUGACACAUAAGUGUCGAUAAAUUUUUGACGUGAAAGCGCCAAUAAGUGUAGUAUCGGUCUAUGGGUUAACUUCAGUAGCGUCGGUUGAUAUAAUAUGCAAAGCACUCAUUAGUCGUAUUGCAGAAAAUUGUUAGACUAUGUUUAUUAUUUCACUUACAAUAUUACGAAGCUCAUAACUUUUGCGAUUCGAAAUCUUCGGCUGAACGCAUACAGCCUUUGUUUGCCAGCAUUCUUAAAAAACGUUUGAAGACCUUUUUUUAGCUAUUCAUGGUGUCUCCCCAGUUACUUCUUGAAUUUAAGUCUUGUGGCUGCGAAGUAUUCUUGCAUUCUGUUAUGGUGAGCCAUAUGCGUUUUUUCACCUUCCUGGAAACUUACCACAAUGCUUAACUUACCGCAUAUGUCAUCCUUUGCACUCUAUUUAUACGCCGAACGAGAAUGGGAAUUAAGUAUGCUAAUAGUUUCUGUUCAAAGUUAUUUACUGCUGCAGACAUUCACUAUGCCUCUUGCUGAGUAUAUUUUCCUCCAAGUACAACUAAGGUUCCAAAAAAAUUCUACAUCCUUUGAAAUAAUACUAGUUAUGCCCUGAAUCUGCCCUACCUUGCCACGAAGAUUGCAACAUCCAGCAGUCGUUGUAUUUUUGCAUUUGACGAGAUUGGGGUACUCACAACGUGUCAUAAAGCAUCGUAAAAUUAUGAAAUCAUAAACUUUUAUGCUAGUGUAAAAAAUUUGUUGUUGGAUUGCAUUCGAAAAUAAGUUUACGCAAAUACAACUCUGAACGCUAUGUUUUCGGAUCGUUAUAACUUUAUGAGACUAUGUGAAACACCUAAAUUUGUAUUUCCAUAUUUUUUAUGGUUGUAGCACGCAUUAGGAGAUAAUAAAUAACUAUAUGUACAUGCAAGGCGCGCUCGUAGCAGAGUUGCUUGGAAGGCAUUAUUUCGUCAGGCUGAAGUCGAAUAGGGUUGACAAGGCUUACUGAAAGAAGAAGAAGAAACUUGCAAAGCACUUACAACAACAUGACAAGUGCAGUUCGACGGCGAAACAAACAGUAUAUUUCUUAAAAGCGAAAUUUUUAUAUAUAGUAUGCUGCAAAGCUUGCUUUUAGUGCAAAUUUUUAUAAGCGGAUACUCUAGUAUAUACAUACAUAUGUGCAUUGAAAUUGAUGUACACAUAGUAUUGAUAUAUACAUUGUAUAUAGGUGCAGACAAUGCUUCUAAAUUGUAAGUUUGCAUAUGGGGUAUUCCAUACCAAAUCGACCACUUUUGAACCCGACCCCUUUAGAUUUUGCUGAAACUUAUCCAUCCUUUUCUACCCUUUGAAAAACAUUUUUGAGAAUUUUUUCAAAAUUUUUUGUCCAACUUCAAAAAAGUUAUGAAUUUUUCAAAAAAAUGGCUUUUUUAUUUUCAAAUAGCCAUAACUUUUUUAGAAAUUGACUUUUGGGGACCAUUUUUUUUUUUAUUUUUGUUUUUGAAUGAACUUUUCGAAAAAAUGCACGAAAAAAAUUUAACACAAUCAAUUAUAUAAAAUAAUCGGGUUUUUCGUCAUUUUUUGGAAGUUCGUCAUUUCUUUUUCUCAAAAAAAACUUCAAUUAAUUUGACAACUAUCCCUGCUAAUCCCGGAGUGGGCCGAUUUUUUAUAUUUUUUUUAUUUAUUUAAAAAAGAUUGUCAAAUUUUCAAAAAUGAAAAAUUUUUUUUUCCGUAAACUUUGUUUCUAUCAUAUAAAAAAUAUAUGUUAUGGUUAUGUUUUAGACAGUAUAAUAAGUAUAGUUUCUAGUAUACUGGCUAUAGGUAAGUCUAUAAUUGUCCAACCCUAGUUUAUCGACCUUAUUAAUGGUAAAAAUUUGAAUCUUGGUGAUUAUAUUCGUAAAUAAUUUGAGAAUAUUAUAUCAUAAAAUUGUUAAAUUAUAUGAUAGAAAUAAAGUCACGAAAAAAAAAUUUUUUCAUUUUUGAAAAUUUGACAAUUUUUUUUAAAUAAAUAAAAAAAUAAAAAAAAUCGGCCCACUCCGGGAUUAGCAGGGAUAGUUGUCAAAUUAAUUGAAGUUUUUUUUUGAGGGAAAAAAAUGGCGAACUUCCAAAAUAUGGCGAACUUCCAAAAAAUGACGAAAAAACCGAUUAUUUUAUAUAAUUGAUCGUGUUAAUUUUUUUUCGUGUAUUUUUUCGAAAAGUUCAUUCAAAAACAAAAAUCAAAAAAAAAAAAAUGGUCCCCAAAAGUCAAUUUCUAAAAAAGUUAUGGCUAUUUGAAAAUUAAAACGCCAUUUUUUUGAAAAAUUCAUUACUUUUUUGAAGUUGGACAAAAAAUUUUGAAAAAAUUCUCGAAAAUGUUUUUCAGAGGGUAGAAAAGGAUGGAUAAGUUUCAGGAAAAUCUAAAGGAGUCGGGUUCAAAAGUGGUCGAUUUGGUAUGGAAUACCCCAUAUGUAUAUGAAAACGUAAUUGUAAACCAAAGGGCUUUGAUGCGAUACUUCUUUUAUACAAAUACAUACAUACAUAUGUACUUAAUAAAUAAUUGGCUUCUUCUAAAAUAUAUACAUAAGCAAAUUUAUAAACAAGCUUACAAAAUGUAUUUAUACAGAAAAGUUUUUAUUGAACACACAUUCAUAUAUGUAGUCAUAAUGCAAUACUAUCUAAAAAUGAUUCAUAUAAAUCAUAAAAACACGAGUAGUAUUAACAACUUAAUAAAUAAAAUUAGAAAAAUGCAACAUAUUUAAAGAAAAAAGCGAAAUUAAAACAAAUAUAUAUAGAAUGAAGGCAUUCGAAUAAUAAUAGCUAAUAAGGUGUACAACAAAUUCAAAACAAAAAAAUACAUAUAUAUUUAAAAAACUUAACAUAGGACAUGAUAUAAAAAGCGAAAUUAAAACAAAUAUAUUAGCCUCUGGAUGAAGGCAUUCGAAUAAUAAUAAAUAAUAAGGUAUACAACAAAUCCAAAGAAAAAACUAUUUAACUAAAUUGAUGGAAUUUUAAGCUAGUCAAAUGCAAAAGUCGUCUGUGAAAGAAUGCAUUAAAAUAGAAGACUACUUGCUAAAUUCAUAGGUUAAGUUAUAUUUGUAUGUGUAUAUGCAAUGAAUGAAAUAUAGUGAAUUUCCUGUUAGCGCACAGUGUACUAUGUUAAAACACA